AUGAAAGAAUCGUCUUAGAUAAGAAUAAAAGAUGUAAUGAUAAAGAAUUCAAUAAUUAUUAAUUCUUCAAUUUUAUCAAAUUAUGAUAACAAUAUGUUAUAUAUCGAAUCUCUUUAAAUGAUUGAAAACUAGAUUAUCAACUCACAGCUUAUAAAAUUUAGUAAAGAUCUCUUUUGCUUUCACUUUCUACUAAGAAAAAAUAAAUUUCUAUAAUCAAUUUUGUUUGAGAAAUAAUUCUCGAUAAAUUAUUAAAAUGAAAUAAAAUUAGAUGAUUUUGAUAUAUCUUCUAAUAUCUUCCAGUAUUUUUAAGUACUUAUUAUUGAUUAAAACAAAAUAAAAGCAAUAAAAAUAGAAUUAACAAAUAUAGAUUUUAGAGAUAAUAAUAACCCUAAAAAAGAAAUCCAAGAUUACUCAUUUAUACUUAGUUGUACUAAUAUUUUAGUUUAGAAUUUAUCCAUAUUAAAUACUUUUAAUCAUCGCUACUUUUAUUUAUAUAACGUAUCAAAAAUUACAUUCACGAAUGUAUCUGUAUAAAAUGAGCAUUAAGAAUUUAAAAUUCCCCUUAAUUAAGAUUGUGCAAUUAACGACUAUUAAUAUUCGAAAUUACUAUCUGUGAAAGGAUUUGAGACUCUCAAUUUAGGUUUCAUAAAAUUUGCUAAUUAGAUUACUAUAGAUUAAUCUUUUAUUGAUAUUCAAUCAAAUGAUUCAAUCAUAAAUAAAAUAUCUGAAAAUAUUACAAUCUAAAAUAUUACAUUUACUAGAAAUAUUUUGACGAAAAUUAGUUAAGGAAAUUAUUUUUCCAUUUUAUCAAUAUUUUCAGAUAAAGUUUAGUCAAUUCAUUUGGAGAAUAUUUUGUAUGAAGAAAAUUCUUACUAUUAAUAUACUGAAGAUCCGAAAUAAACAUCCGCUAGUUUGCUUUUUAUUAACUCAUUGAAUAGUUCAAUAGUUCUUUAAAAUAUUUAGUGUUUUCAGAAUUCGCUAACAAAUUCUUCUAAUUCCUUUAUUGCUAUCAGCUCUAGUGAAGCUAAAGUAGUAUAAAUUAAAGUAUUCUACCAUAAUUACCUUAAAAUGGAGUUUUGGAAUAAGUAUUAUGAUAUUGAAUUGCAAAAUGACCUCAAUUAGAUAGAAGUUAAUUAUAUGAUCGAAUAAAUACUUUCAAUUAAAAAUAAAGGUGGUGCUAUGUAAAUAAUCGCAAAUAAAUUCACUUUAUAAAAUGGAUAAUUAUAAUACAUAAUUGCCAAAAGUAGCUCUGUCCUAGAUAUUAUAACCAGAGGGAACGGAAUUGUCAUUCUAGAAUAUUGUAGUGUUGCUAAUUCUCAAAAUAAUUUACUUUCAAAUUAGGAAUAAGAAGGCUCAAUCAGUAUAAGUUCUUAAAAUAGUUAUUUAACUUUGAUGCUCUAAAAUUUUAAUUUCACAGAAGUUAAUAAUCAAUUAGCUCCAGCAAUCAUAUCUCUUAAACCAUCAGAGAUUUCAAAUAAUAUUCUCAUAAAAAAUGUCCAAAUCUCAAAUUGUUUCUCUUUAAUCAAUAUGUUUUUAGCAUUCAUAUUCCCUGCUGAAUAAGCUGAUUAAAAUUAAGUAAAUAUAGAGGAGAUUUUUAUACAAUAAAGUUAAUAAGGGUAAUUGUAGUACAACAGAUAGCUUAAUAUCUUGGAGCCAAUAAUUUUAUCAAAAAUAACUUAAGAUAAUGCUAUUUUUAAUAUUUAAGGAUGCAAUUUAAAAUUUCAUAAUGUUAAAUUCGAAGGAUUUGCAUUAAUUGGCAUAUUAAAUUUGAUAAAUUGCAAGAAAAUAUAAAUAGUGAAUAUUGAACUUACUUAUAUUACUAUAUUUUACAAUUUGAAUUUGCUUCAUAUUGAAUAAGUUGCAUAGUUUAAAUCAAUAAUUUAGAUUCUUAACCUAAAAAUCUAUGAAAUAAGCAUGUUUAAUAAUUAGCAUUAGAUUUUAACUCCUUAAGGCUACCCAAAUUUCUAUAUAGAGCACUCUAAAUGUUAAAAAUUAAAGAUUGUAUCUCUUCCAAUAAAUGGAAAUGUUUUAGAAGUAAAAUAAAAUAAUUUUGAAUUGAUUCAGUCAUAUUCCACUUAAAAUGGAUCGAUCUUAUAUAUAAAAUCUUCAAACAACUUAACAAAAAUAAUUAUACAAUCUAUAUUAUUAAAAAAUAAUGAUUGCAAGACUUGUAAGAAUGGUUUAAUCUACUUUUAAUUAGUUGAAUUUUUAAAGAUCUAGAUUCAAGAACUAUCAUGUAAUGGAAAUUACGUAAAGCAAUAUGGAUGUAUUACUGCUUUAUCUGAUAAACAAAUUUAAGGUAAGUUAAUUAUUAGAAAUUCUCUUUUUAUUAAUAAUACUGGUGGGUAAGGGAUAGCCGUAUCUUCAAAAAACGUCAAGACAGUUUUGCUUAACAUCAAGAUUUUGAAUAAUACUGCCACUUUAUUAGGAGGUGGAUUAUAUUUUGAUCUUAAUAAUAAAGAUUUCAAUAUAAUUUCAACGCUUAUUUAAUAUAAUAAAGCAAGAGAAGGGGGAGGAAUUUAUUUAACUAGUGAAAGUAUUCUAAGUGAAAUGAAUUUUGCGAAUUCACUCAUACUUUUUAAUCAUGCUGAAUUAACUACAAAUAAUUUGUAAGAGUUACCUUCUCAUCUAGAUCUGUCAAUCAAUAAUUAAAUUAUGCCUUCAGAUUUUAUAUUUGAUUAAAUAUUUACAAAGUCAUUAAAAUUAAGUCCAUAUCAAAUAAUUUAAUAAGGUAAAGAAAUGAUGGAAAGUAAAUUGAUGAUUCUUAGCAAUUAAGAGACAUCAAAAUAUGAUUUAUACAAUCCUAAAUAGAAUAAAUUUACCUCAUAUAUAAGUGAGUUAUCAAUUCAAUUUAAAAAUAGAUUUAAUGAAUAAUUGCUCAAUUUUACUAAUUCAACUUGUUAAAUCAUUGAAUAGAUAUUUGAUAUUAAGAAAUAAACCAGAUUGGAAUCAAUUAAUGUUUCAUCAAUUUAAUUUAAUUAAACUACAAGCAAAUUCGACCUGGGAAUGUUGACUUUCACUUUUGAUCCAUAUAAUCAAACUGACAAAUAGUAUGAAAUUUAAAUCUACUGUAAAACCAAAAAUUAGAUUUAAGAGUUAUCUUAUAAUAUAAAGGUAAAAAGUCUACUUUGUUAAUUGGGAGAGUUCUAUGUUUUAAAUGGUUGUUUGACAUGCUAAUCAAAACAAGGUUUUUAUUCUGUUACUUACAAUGCCACAAAGUGUUCAAUAUUUGAUAAAACCAAAUUUGAAGCCAUUACUUCCAACAGUAUUGAUUUGAAACCUGGAUUUUGGAGACCUCAUUAAUAGUCGGAUUUAGUAAAUGAUUGUUUCAAAAAUAUUGAAUCAUGUAAAGGUGGUUGGCUAGUUGGUGAUGAUAUUUGUAAAACUGGGUAUAUAGGAGGAUUAUGUGAAGAGUGUGAUAAACAUAAUAUCAGAGGAGAUGGAUAUUAUUUUAAAAAUGAUCAAUCUACAUGUUUGAAUUGCAGCAACGUUUCUAUUAACAUAUUAUCCUUAAUUCUGAUAACAGCUUGGGUUUUUCUUUCAACCUUUAUAACAUUAGCUAGUGUAGAAAAAACCAAUUAGUUAUUUGCUCUAUUUAAACUUACUCAAAAAUUUGCGCAUAUUUUGUUCAAAAUGAAUUUAAAGAGUAUCUUGUUAAAGCUAUUUCUUAAUUAUAUUUGGAUAUUUUCUGUUAUUUUUACUUUCAAUAUUCAAUUCUCAUUUUCAUUUAUCUUUGUUAACUAAAUAAGUGAUACCUCAUAUUUCCUGACUCGCAAUUUAGAUUGUGAGCUUUCCUAAUCAUUUGAAAUCGAUUUGAUAUAUGCAAGAAUAAUUAUGAUGCUUACUUUAAUCGCUUUAUAAAUAUUCAUCGUUUAAGUAGUUGUCAACAUAAUCUCAAUGUUAGCAAUGGUCAAACUUCGUAAUAACAUAAUUUCGAUUACAUUAAUUUACAUGUAUAUUUAAAACUAUGCUGCAUUAAUAAAUCAGCUUUUUUCAAUUUUGGCCAAAAGGGAAAUCUCAAAUAUUGAAUAUGUUUAAGGAGAUGUAUCUCUUCUCUUUGGGUCAUCGACUCACUCGGCAUGGAUGUAUAAAUUUGCAUUGCCAAUAUCAUUACUGUUUGGUUUAAUUAUACCAAUAUCAUUACUUUUGUUUUUGUACCAAAACAGAUAAUUAUUUGAUAAAAUACCAUUUAGAAGGCACAUUGGCUAUUUAUUUAAUGAAUAUAGUAUUAAUCGAUCUUUUUGGGAAUGGGUAAAGUUAUGGAAGAAAACAAUCAUUAUUGUGAUAUUGAUUUACUUUGAAACGAAUGUAUAUUUUAAAGGUUUCUUGAUUGGUAUGUGCUUAACUAUCUAUUAAAUAAUCUAGUCAACAUAUCUACCUUACAUUUAUCCAAAAUUAAAUAGAUUGGAUUUGAUUUCUGGAUAAUUAUGUCUAAUGGCAAUUUUCUUAGCUGCUGUUUAAUAUCUUUGUGAAUAAUAAGGAGAUUAUGUGUAAGCAAGAAUUUUGUCAAUUUUGAUUGUGCUUAUAUGUUUUAGAUUUAGUUUUCCAUAUCUUCAUGAUAUUAUUUCAGCUUAUUAUAGUAAAUACAAAGAUAAAAUUCUCACACUACUCAUAAAUAUUUUACAAACAUUAUAACCUACAUCAAGCUUAAUUUUGAAGUUAAAUAGAAAACUCGAUUAAUGGACAUAGAGGAGUUCAAGGAUAGAAAAAAAUUUGAAAAAGUUGCGAUGGCAUACAAUUUAAAAGAAACGUUAGGAGAAAAAAGAGCAAUAACAAAUUUGUUUUCCAACAUUAUCCCUUAAUAAAAGCGGGGAAAUAAAAUUCAAACUUUUGAAUUUAUGA